AUGCAAGAACUCGGUUUUCUUCAUGAUGAUCUGAUCGAUGGUGUUGAUACUAUAGAUGAGGCCGUGGCUCUGAACCAUACCCUUGCCGAUUCGUAUAGUCAAGGAACAGACGCUGCCCUCCCAAGCCACAUAGUCAAGGGUAUUCGGGGAAAACGGCAGAUGGAAGCUAGGAUGUUUAUGCAGGCGGUUGAGAUUGAUCGAGACGAUGCAUUCUGGGUCAUGAAGCAAUGGCAUCGAUGGCUGGAUCGAGGAGGCGGAACGCGUGUACCAAAUGAGUUUGCGACAUUCGAGGAGUGGAUGCCAUAUCGCUUCGAAGAUGGAGGGCUCUACUCGACAUUGGAAGUCUGCCGCUUUGUGUCAGGAGUGAAAAUCAGCAAUGAGGAAAGAGUCGAAUUGCAACCUAUCGUCGACAAGGCCCUAAUGGCUCUUAUUUUGAGUAACGACUACUACAGUUAUGAGAAGGAGUAUGCUGUAUAUGUAAGGAGCCAGGGUAUGAACGGAAUCCAUAACUCCAUUUGGGUAUUGAUGAGGCAGCAUAAAGUCGACAAGGUGGAGGCAAAGAAGAUACUUGCCCAGGCGAUAACCUCCCUCGAGAGAGAAUUCCUAGAGAGCAAGGAGGUUUAUGAACGGAAAAAUCCGGAUUUGUCCCAGGGAGCAAAGGAUUGGCUGAAAAUCACCGCCGUAUUGGGUGGUGGCAGCCAUUUCUUCUACGAGGUUUUAUCAUCUCAGGCCUCAAUUCUGGGUAACGGGGAAGUGUUCUCCUUCGCGAAUACAAAAGUGCGGGAUCUCCCAACUGAAGCGGUACUGGCCCCAUAUAAGUACCUUUGCUCUUUGGGAUCAAAGGGUGUCCGUCAAGCAGCAAUUGAGGCCUUGAAUAUCUGGCUAGAUGUACCCGAGGAGUCCUUAACAGCAAUCCGGAACAUUGUUGAUUACCUCCAUAGCAGUUCGUUGAUGUUGGAUGAUAUUCAGGAUCAAUCUGCCCUCCGUAGAGGGAGCCCGGCAGUCCAUCUACUUUUUGGUGAAGCACAAACUAUCAACUCGGCAAAUUUUCUUUUUGUGCUUUCUCUAGAAGAACUUCGAAAGCUUCGCAGCCCAAAGGCCACCACAAUCUAUGAUGCCCAACUUCGGCGCUUGCAUGUCGGCCAAAGUAUGGACUUAUACUGGACUCGGCACGUCGCCCGCCCAACUACAGCUCAAUAUGUCAACAUGGUCGACCACAGGACAGGUGGCCUCUUCAGUCUUAUCGCUGGAUUGAUGCAUGCUGAGGCGAGCUGUGGCCACGAGAUUCAUCUCGAUAACCUGUUAAUACUCUUAGGUCGAUAUUUUCAGAUUCGCGACGGUUAUUGUAACUUAGUCUCUGACGAUUAUAUUUCCUCAAAAGGCUUCUGCGAUGAUCUGGAUGAGGGGAAGUUCUCGCUGGCUAUAAUCCAUGCUCUGAAGGUGUCCCGGAAAUAUAAUGGCUGCCUUGAGGCCAUGCUACAAGAGCGAAGGCGCAAGGGUGAUAAAUUGCAGAAGGGGGCGAAAGAGCUGAUACUGAAGAUGCUGCGCGAAAGCGGAAGCCUACAUUAUGUCGAGCGGGUAAUCAAGGGGUUAGAGGCUGCGAUUGAUGUUGAACUAUAG